CAUCUCUCACAAGUCCUAUUGGUCUCACUGUGGUUCAAAUUAUGCUUGGGUCUCCAUAGUAACCGCUCCAAAUUGGUUUGGUUCCCAGGGCUCCCUGAUGCACCUCGUUUGACCACCCCCAAGGAGCCGGUGGUGGAGGAGGGGACUCCUGUGGAGCUGGGGUGCUCUGCCCCGUCCUACUGUGACACCCACCCCCCCACUGUGACGUGGACCCCCGCCCUGGGGCUCAGCACCCAGCUCCAGCAGGACGAUGCCGUGACCUCCACUCUGACCUUCAACGCCUCCCACCUCCACCAUGGAAACAAUGUCUCCUGCACUGCGGCCUACUACAUACCAUCUGGGAACAAAACUGUGACGUCUACAAGAUACCAACUCAGUAUCUUAUCCAAUGAGUACUACUCAUACUCACCAGCCCUUGGAUCAGGUGGAGGAACUCCCUUUGUGACCUCAGGAGAAGGAAGCAUCACAGGCGUGAAAGUCUGGGAGCAGCCUGGUAAUCACAUUACUGGUUUCCAGUUGCGUUACGGCACCAGGUGGGACCGUGCUGUUGGUCGCGUGGUCCACGCCCCACUGAGAUUGGACCUAUUUGAAGGAGAGACCAUUACUCAGGUGUCUGGAAAAUACCGCUCAGCCAACUACAUCUACCAGUUGAUUUUUGUGACCAGUAGAGGGCGCUCUCUCAUCACAGGCGUGCCAUUUGAGACCUCCUUUAACUUUUACCCCGAGCAUGCAGAGGCGGAGCUUCGGCUGUUGAGUGGGCGGUUCGAUAGCAAUGGGAUCAGAUCACUGGGAGCCCAUUGGGGGGUAUUCCAGGAGGCCACAGGUUAUGGAAAUAAUACUACUUAACCAAAUGCUUAAAAGCACAUUUGACUUAUUUUUAUCAAAACACUUGUCUAUUAAUUACCUUUUCAUUCAGGGGUCCUGGAUAGAUGUGAGAUCUGUAUUGUCUCCAAAAACAUAUUUAUCACUUUAAAAAUGUCUUCAAAUGAUCUUUUAAUGAUUGUCCUUAAAAAAUGUGUGCAUGUGAAUUAUAUCUUUGCAAACCAUUAUGAAGGGCCUCAUGUUUGAUUAGUGGUUUAAAAGUAAACAUUGCCUUGCCUAACUAAAGGAUGACUCUGCUCUCAAUCUUUUAUUCAACUAAUUCUCUACGAAAUGAAUUGUAUCGACUAAACACAUUCUACACAUGGAGUUAUCUGUGCCACACGUUCAUGGGGCCAAUUCAAGUCAUAUUUAAAUAUCCUCAGAGCUUAAAACUACUCAGUGGUUUUUGCUGUCUUUGGUUUUGGGUUGUGUAUGUCUCAUGUUUUAUUUCCUUUGACGUCAUAUGCACGUCAAAGGAAUGUGCAUAUGAGACAUACACAACCCAUACAUUUGUCACUUUGUCAAUAUAUUAUAAA